UACUACUCUUACAUCUCUCAGUAUACAACUCAUAUUGUUGAUGAAAUGGUUGAUAUCAUUACAUUUAGUAUAUAGUAGUGUUACAAAAGGCGAGCGCCUUCUCGCCUUUGGCGAGAGUCGAGGGGAGGCGAUGGGUCCUCACCAUUCUCUACAGAGGCAAGGCGAUAUCAAAAUGGCAAGGUGUGGCGACACAAUGGCGACAGAAAAGGCGCCGCCUUUUUAAUCAAAAAUAUUUGACUUAACAAUAGUAGUCAAAAUUAGGUUUUUUUAUGCUUUUAAAUUUCUGUUUUCUCCAUCGCGACUCUGUCUCUCGGCUUCUCCAUCGAUGUCUCUUCUCCCUCGCUCUCUUCUCAAGUUCUCUUCUUGACUUCUCCAUCGUUGUUGGCUUCUCCAUCGCGAGACUCUCUCCAGUUCUCCCUCGUCGCCUAGUGAUUCCGUUCUCCCUCGCCAGCCGCCGCCUCACGAUUCUGUUCUCCAGGUAUGUCAUUUUCUCUCUUCUUCUUCUUCAAUUUUUUUCUGUUCUGUUUUUUGGUGUAAGCAGUGCUUACUGGUUUGUGUGAUUUUUUUUAAAAUUAUAGGCAGUCAAUUAAAAAAAACUUUCUAUUUUUCUAUUUAUUUAUUCCAAUAUUUCUAAACAAUGAAUUAAUUGAAUUUAAUAACCAAUGGCGGAUGCUAGCAAAAAGAGGGACAUUGGAUGGAAUUAUGGCACUCAAGGAGCGACGAAAGAUUCAGUUAAUUAUAACUUUUGUGGGAGUACUUCAAUGGUAGAAUAACUCGACACAAGCAACAUUUAGUGGGUGGUUUCAAGAAUGUUAAACAAUGUGUCACUUGUCCGUCGGAGAUUAGAGAAGAAGUAAGGGCUUAUAUGCAAAACAAAAUUGCUAAUAAUCUCAAAUUUCAAGUGAGGCAGCCGGAAGAAUAUGUUGAUAUUGAUGAAAUGGAUGAUUAUGCGAAAAUGAUGCCUCCCUCCAAAACUCAAAAGAUAUCUUCUAGUGGAGGUUCAUCCACCACACGGAGUGUGACGAAAGGACCUUUGAACCUCUAUUUUUCACAAAAAUCAACACAAAAAGGAGACUUUGAAAAAAGAGGAGGAAUUGAAGAAACAUACAAAAUUCUAAAAGAGCGUGCGGUAAGUGUUUUUGCAAUUUGGAUGUAUGAUGUCAAGCUCCCUUUUAAUUGCGUCAAUCACAAAUCAUUCGAUAAAUUUAUUGAGGCGGUUGGACAACAUAGCCACGGAAUGAAGCAUCCUACAUUCCAUGAAGUUAGAGCCACUCACCUUAAAAAAGAGGUGGAUAAAGUAGAAAAAUUGUUGAUGAGCAUAAAGUGCAAUGGACAAAGUUUGGAUGUUCCAUUAUGAUGGACAAAUGGACGGCACGAAAUGGCAAAAUGAUCAUCAAAUUUUUGGUGAAUUCUCCAAUCAGUAGUGUAUUUCUUGGUUCUGUUGAUGCUAGCAAUGAAUCUACCGAUUCCACCAAAAUGUACAAGUUAUUUGAAAGCACUAUCAAAAGAAUUGAACUAGAAAAUAUUGUACAAAUUGUCACCAAUAAUGCUAGUGAGAAUGUCAAAGCGGAAAGUAUGAUGAUGGGUGCGUAUCCACACAUUUAUUGGACUCCAUGUGCCACUCAUUGCAUCAACUUGAUAUUUGGUGACAUAUUCAAGGUUAAGCCAUAUGAUUCCAGUAAUCAACCUAUCCUUUAACUUACUUUAUAGUCAAUAAUUCAUUAGCUACUAAUUAAUAUAAUUUAAUCUUUCUGUAUUAGUUUUUAAGAAGGCCAUCAGAAUCAAUUCUUGCAUUAGUCAAAGGCCAUUAUUGUUAAACUUGAUGAGAAAAUUCACCAAAGAAAGAAAUUUGGUGAAAUCGGCCAAGACAAAAUUUGCGACGACAUUCUUAACUUUGAGAGCUAUGUACAUACAGAGAAAAAACUUGAGAACUUUAGUCCUCUCAACCGAAUGGAAUUCAAGUAAAUUUGCAAAGGAAACUUUUGGGAAAGAAGUUGUCAAUCUUAUUAUUACUGUCCACUUUUGGAAUGAUGUUGUUCAGGCACUUACAGUUUGUAGCCCUUUGACAAAAGUGCUUCAUUUGGUGGAUGGGGAGAAAAACCCACCAAAUGGGUUAUAUUUAUGAAGCAAUGGAUAGAGCCAAAGAAGCUAUUGCACAUGAUUUUCGUGGAGUUAAGAAGCAAUAUGAGAAAGUGUUUCAAGUUAUUGAUGCAAGGUGGUCAGAACAACUCCAUCGGCCUUUGCAUGCUGCAGGCCAUGUUUUGAACCCAGGAUUAUAUUAUAAAGCUCAAGAAGAGACAAUUAUAUCACAGACUUUGUGGACCGAGUAUUAUGCAUGUGUUGAGAAGUUGGUCCAUGAUACAACAAUACAAGAUGCACUAGUCGCUAAGCUUCCUAAGUACAAAAUGGCGGAUGAACUAUUUGGUUGUUGUCCGGCUAAAAGAGCUAGAGACACAAGGUCACCGGAUAAGUGGGUUGAUUUAGAUCUUACUUAAAUUAUUUAACUUAUUUAUAGUCACUAACCUUUAAAUUUAUUUUAUUAUAGUUGAAUCUCGAGCCUCCUGUUGUACCAAUGUCUCCGUUUUAGGGUGGUGGUCACUAUUUGGUAGUGAAACACCAAACUUGCAAAAGUUUGUCAUGAAAGUAUUAAGCCUAACUUGUAGCUCAUCCGGAUGUGAGCGAAAUUGGAGUGUGUUUGAACACAUUCAUUCCAAAAAGAGGAAUAGGCUUACACUAUCGCGUCUCAAUGAUCUAGUGUACAUUAAGUACAAUAGAACAUUGAAACAUCGUUAUGAUGCUCGUGAUCUUAUUAAUUCAAUUCGCUUGGAUAACAUAGAUGUUUCAAAUGAAUGGUUAGUUGGAUGCCCCGAAGAUCAAGAUGAUGAACUAGUAUAUGAGGAUGAUGAUCUUACUUGGGGUGGUGUUGCUACGACAAUUGGAGCGGACGAGAGUAUCUGUCAUCUUAGGGGACUUUCUUCAAGAUCAACAGUACUUGACAAGGGCAAAAGAGUAGAAAGAACAUCUACAAGUUCAUCUUCAAGUAGGACUCAGACACUAAUUGAUGAAGAAUACGAGAAGGAAGAAGAUGAAGAGCAAUAUAAUGAUGUAGAGGAUUUUGAUCUUCAAGAGUUGGAUAAUUUUGAAGAAGAAUAAACUUAUAAAGUUUUGAUUUAUUGUAUUUUGAAUUGUUUGGUCUUUAAAUUUUAGACAUUUUAGUAUCUACUAUUGGUUUUUGAAUUGAAUAUUUGCUAAUAUGUGUUGUUGCUAUUAAGAUUUUGGAUAAAAUAUGCAAUUAAAUAUUUUUA